AUGAGCAACUCCUUCAGCAAUCCACCGGCAGUCUCUCCUUAUUUUUCAGGAGCCCCCAACUCGGCCCAACGACAAGAUCAGGGACCCACAUUGCGUCGCAGAAACCCCACGGUUUCGGGUUCGGACAAUGGACACGGUAUUGAUCGAAAGCCUUCUGGGCGAGCAGGAGGUUCUGUGGUCCAGAAGAUGGAUUUUAUGUUUCCAAAAGUUCAUUCGGACUUUACAGUACAAACAGAUCGUGGAGGAGCGGCGUCUUUGGUUGCCUAUAUUUUGAUUGCGAUUCUUCUUCUUGCCGAGACUUUUACAUGGCUGGGUCAAAACAGAGCCACCUCCGAGCACAUUUCCGUCGACACGAGUCUAGGGAAACGAAUGCGUGUCAACAUCAACAUUACAUUUCCAGCUUUGGCCUGUGAAGAUCUCCACGUGGAUGCCAUGGAUGUGGCUGGAGAUUCUCAAAUCAAUGUGGCAGAUACCAUGGUGAAACGAAAGCUUCAUUUGGAUGGACGGCCUCUGUCCAAAGAGGAAAUUAAGGUGGAAACAAACGCUCAUAGGCAACACCAAGAAACCAAGGAACGACUUCUCAAAGAAGCACUGCCAGAAGACUAUUGUGGGCCUUGCUACGGUGCCCAGGAUACCGACGAACAGUGUUGUAAUGCCUGCGACGAUGUCAUUGAUGCCUACAGUAAGAAAAAAUGGAGAACUGAUGCUCUCUUUCUCACUGCAGAGCAAUGCAUACGAGAAGGAAGAGAUAAGAGAGAACCAAAACUUAUGACGAAAGGACAAGGGUGCCAGCUAUCAGGAUACAUGACAGUUAACCGCGUAGCAGGAAACUUCCACAUUGCAAUGGGAGAAGGAAUCGAGCGCAAUGGACGACACAUUCAUACCUUUGUGCCAGAGGAUGCACCAAAUUUCAAUGCAUCACAUACAAUUCACGAGCUCACUUUUGGACCAGAUGGACACCAAAACAAUGGAUCCCCGCUCAAUGGCGUCUCCAAAAUCGUCAAGGAAGAACAUGGUACAACGGGGCUCUUUCAGUACUUUAUCAAAGUUGUACCUACCAACUAUGUAGGUAUGGACGGUCUUGGUGAUGAGGGUGACGCCGACGCCGCAAACAAAAACAAAAACAACGAAGGAAUGCCUGUCUUCGAGACAAACAGGUACUUCUUCACGGAGAGAUUUCGACCUUUAAUGGGAGAAGAAGAAGUAUCCGACGAAAAACAGGAAGAAAACGAGAACGACAAACGAAGAGUGGCGAAUGCAGGUCAUGGCGGAGGGCAUUCCAACAAGGAUCAUCACAAAAUUCAAAACUCGGUCCUUCCUGGUGUCUUUUUCAUCUACGAGAUCUAUCCUUUCGCAGUUGAAAUAUCACAGAACAGCGUCCCUUUCACACACUUGCUGAUUCGAUUGAUGGCCAGCGUUGGCGGCAUUUUCACGAUUGUCAAGUUGGCAGAUGCCUUCUUGGAUGACAGAGACAGGCGACGGGGUCGCUAA